CACCUGGUGGGACAGACAUGACGGGGCUGAGGUUGUGCAGCUGGGCUCCCCUGGGGUCUCUCCUCUCCCUGCUCUUUUCUACCAGCGUGGCGUACAUUGCUACCAGAGACAACUGCUGCAUAUUGGAUGACAGAUUUGGUAGCUUCUGCCCAACAACUUGUGGCAUUGAAGAUUUCUUUAGUAAAUACCAUACCGCUGUGGAUAAUGACCUGCUGGAAAUGGAGAGACUUUUGCAGCAGAUUUCUAAUGCCACAGUAACAGCAGACCAUCUGAUCGAACACAUACAAAGCCUCUAUCCUUCAGAAAAGCAGACAUUACCAAAUUCAAUUGAUGAUUUCACUCAAAAGUCCAGGAAAAUAAUUGAAGAAAUUAUCAGAUAUGAAAACACUAUAUUGUCUCAUGAAACUACUAUACAACAGUUGACAGACGCACAUAUAAUGAACGGCAACAGGAUCACAGAGCUGAAACAGAAGAUUGCCCAGCUUGAGUCACUCUGUCAGGAGCCAUGCAAGGACCGGGCUGAAAUUCAGGAGACAACAGGAAGAGAUUGUCAAGACAUUGCAAAUAAGGGUGCAAGGAAAAGUGGUCUGUACUUUAUCAAGCCUCAAAGAGCCAAGCAGUCAUUCCUAGUCUACUGUGAGAUUGACUCAUAUGGCAAUGGCUGGACAGUACUACAAAGGAGACUGGAUGGGAGUGAAGACUUCAGCAAAAAUUGGGUUCAGUACAAGGAAGGAUUUGGACAUCUGUCUCCAGAUGACACCACUGAGUUCUGGUUGGGCAAUGAAAAGAUGCAUUUAAUAACUACACAGUCUACUCUUCCAUACACCUUACGAAUAGAGCUGGAGGACUGGAGUGGCAAAAAAAGCACUGCUGACUAUGCUGUAUUCCGAGUGGGAAGUGAAGAGGACAAGUAUCGACUGACUUACGCCUACUUCAUCGGGGGCGACGCCGGGGAUGCCUUUGAUGGAUACGAUUUUGGGGAUGACCCAAGUGACAAAUCCUACACCUACCACAACGGCAUGCGGUUCAGUACCCACGAUAAUGACAACGAUAACUACGAAGGCAACUGUGCUGAGCAGGACGGAUCUGGGUGGUGGAUGAAUAGAUGCCAUGCUGGCCACCUCAAUGGCAAAUAUUAUAAAGGUGGUGUGUACACAUCAGAAGAUGCUGGUCCAUCUGGAUUUGACAAUGGCAUUAUCUGGGCAACCUGGCGUGACCGGUGGUACUCCAUGAAGAAAUCUGCAAUGAAAAUCAUCCCAUUCAACAGACUGUCAGUAGAUGGGCAGCAGCACAACUUAGGCAAUGUCAAACAGGUUGGAGACGCAUAAAGGACAAUUUGAAAAAGACCAGUCUGAACAGGAAAAGCAAAUCUUUUCUUAGACAGUGAACUUAGCAAACAUUACACAGUUCAGUUUUGACUAUAAAGCAAUA